GCUAAGUCUGAAUUGUGGUUAGGUUGGGGUUAGGUUUAGGCAACAAUUAAAAAGUUCUCGUUCGGCUGUCUAAAUGAACGGAAGUCAAUGCAGAGUCCUAACAAGAAUAGUGAAACACAUGUGUUAUUUGUGUGUGUGUGUGUGUGUUAACUGACAGCAGUGGGCAGCAGCCGUCACAACACGGUUUGUGUAUGUGACAGAGCGAGAGCGAGCUGCUGGUCUGACAGUUUAGCUUAGCUUAGCAACAACACCGGCCAAAGCUCCACCGUCGGACAGAGCCGAGGUGGGUUAUGUUUCCCGGAGCCAGGGUCGUACUCGGAGGUUCGUGCACCACCAAGCCAUGGCGGCAGAAAUUCAGCCCCAACCGCAGGCUCGGAAGCCAUGUCUGCUAAGCAAAAUCGAGGCUUUUCAAGACAUUGUGAGCGCGGCGGUUAUCAUCCCCAAGGAAGACGGCGUUAUUAGCGUGUCUGAGGACAGGGCGAUUCGAGUAUGGCUGAAGAGAGACAGUGGUCAGUACUGGCCCAGCGUCUACUACACAAUGCCAUCCUCAUGCUCCUGUAUGUCCUUUAACCCAGAAACCAGAAGGCUGUCAGUGGGAAUGGACACUGGAAGUAUUUGUGAGUUCAUCCUGUCUGAAGACUACAACAAAAUCACCCCAGCACGUACCUACCAGGCCCAUCAGGGCAGAGUUACAGUGGUGCUGUUUGUGUUGGAGAUGGAGUGGCUCCUGAGCACCGGCCAGGACAAAAACUUCACCUGGCACUGCUCGGAGAGCGGCCAGCAGCAGGGGACAUAUCGCACCUCCGCCUGGGUCUCUGGACUACAAUUUGAUGUGGAGACCAGACAUGCCUUUGUAGGGGACCAGUCAGGUCAGGUGACCAUCCUGAAGCUGGAGCAGGACAACUGCAGUCUCGUCACCACCUUCAAAGGACACACUGGUAAUGUGACUGCACUGUGCUGGGACCCGGUCCAGAGGGUGCUUUUCUCUGGCAGCUCAGACCACUCCAUCAUCAUGUGGGACAUCGGAGGGCGCAAAGGCACUGCCAUUGAACUGCAAGGACACAAUGACAAGGUUCAGGGCUUGUGCUACGCCUCACACACCCGUCAGCUCAUCUCCUGCAGCUCAGAUGGAGGCAUCGUCAUCUGGAACAUGGACGUAACAAGACAAGAGACUCCAGAGUGGCUGGACAGUGACUCUUGUCAAAAGUGUGAGCAGCCUUUCUUCUGGAACUUCAAACAGAUGUGGGACAGUAAGAAGAUCGGCCUACGGCAGCACCACUGUAGGAAGUGUGGCCAAGCAGUGUGCGGCAAGUGUUCGUCCAAGCGCUCCACCAUUCCCCUCAUGGGCUUCGAGUUCGAGGUGCGCGUGUGUGACAGCUGCUAUGAGUCCAUCACUGACGAUGAUCGCGCGCCCACAGCCACCUUCCAUGACAGCAAGCACAACAUUGUUUACAUGCACUAUGAGCCCACCACAGGAAACCUGCUCACCUCUGGAACUGACAAGGUUAUCAAGCUAUGGGACAUGACUCCUGUGGUGUCCUGAGGUCUGUGGACAAGCUUACAGUUCCGCCGGGACCUUGAGCUGUCUGACAAACUGUGAAUGUUUAGCGGCGUCACCCACACUUGGGGUGAGGACAAUAAUAUUUAAGAGUAACCCAACAACAACAAGCAGAAGCUGUUGCAUGUUCACAGUGAGGACACUGCAGGCCAGUGGAGCCUGGGAACAGGACAGGCCCUGGUUGACACAAGGUUAUGGAGAGUUGUGGGUGUUUGUUUUGUGUGAAAAGUGUCUGUCGUCUGUCUGUCUGUACUGGUGCGAAGCAAUGAGGCAUUUAACGUUCUAAGCAAUGGACACACACAAACAUACACACACACACUAUGGACUUUAUUUCCCUGCAUUCCUUUCCACAUUUCACCCUGGAAACUCAUCGACUGUGUCUCAGAUGAGUCUACUCUCAAACCAAACUUGACUUUUUUUUUUUUUUGAGAUGUGAAAGAUUUGAACUCGGGCUACAAAGGUUAUUCACAUUUAGACCCCAUUCAGACUCUGUAUUAACGUUCAUCCUGAGUCACAGCUCCAAGUUCAAGUCUGAACACUCCUUGUGCGUCCUGAUUGUGUCCUUAGAUCUGAUUACGAAAAACACACAUUUGGAGGUGGUUUGUGGACAUGUGAUCACAUUUCUAAGCUUGCACGUAUGCGAUCUGUCCUCACGACACAUUAUAGCCCUGACAUCCACUGACCCGUUGCAGUGUCACUGUAUUUUUACACUUAUCAGCGCUCAUGUUGAUUUAUUUGUAACCACUGGCACAAUUGAAACCCUAAUCAACAUGUGAUUUCCUUCUUCUAAUGGUUAAAUGUCAUGUCAUGUUACAGCAGUGCGAGUAGUGCUUUCAUUCACCCAGCUGCACAAUCCGACGCAGAUGUCUGUAUAUAUUUGCUUAUCAGGAAUGCAAUUCAAUCAAAAGUGAUCACAGGAUGCAUUUGAAUGCCAGAUGUGAGCAAACAUACGCUGUCCACCUAUGAUCAGAUCUUUCAGGAUGGAUGUUCACACAGGGUCUGAACGGGGCUGUUGCACUUUCUGACCUGCACCACCUACAUCCAGGAAAGCAGCAGCAGCAGCUAAGACUUGCAGAUGCAGUCAUGUGGAUAUGUUCACUUUUCUUUGUUUGGUUUUCUGAUUUAACGUUCCAAAAUUAUGGCCUAUUUGCCAAAAAUGUAUAUCACAUCGAUCUUCACACAAUCUGGAUUAUAUUGACAUUUAAAAUGUGUAAAUAGACGUCAACAGCAGAGGGAGAAAAAUCUGUAGUUGCAUCUCAUUGCCUGCAGGUGGCAUGUGUGUCAUAGUAGUAGCUGGUGCAUUCCUUACCUGUAGAGGGUGCUAAUAAGCAUAUCAGCAGUAAAUGCGUGCAGUGUUGGCAGAGACUGAUUGGAUUGCAGAGCCCUGUCAUUCAAGUAGACAAGUCAUGAUCUAAGUGACCACAUCAUUUGACUCAAUUCACAUACGUCUGUCUUCUGUCUAUGAAAACAAGCUUUGAGUGGAUCAGAGGCAGCACUUCCAUACUUAUCAUGAACAAAGAGUCACAUAACUAAUGAUUUAUAUGUCAAUGCACUGGAAUCAAGGAGUGAAAUUGUAUGUUACAAACUAAUGCUGUGAAGAGGAAAAUGUGAUGUUUGUGUCUUUUUUUUCCCCUACCAUUAUCACUUUUGUACUUAAUUGAUCAGAUGGAGACUUGAGUUGUUUGGCAAACAUUGUGUGUGCUUGUGACCCUACAGGUUACAAUCUGUCCAAGGACUAUACUAGUAUCCUUCUGAAGCUUCUAAACUUCAGUGUAUGUAUUUUUCUUUCUCUACUGGAUUUAUCAUGUAUUGUGUGCUGGUUGAGGGUUUUGGGUUGGGUUUCAAAUAAGCUGCUGGUUUAAAUUAUUGCUGCCUGGAAUACUCUCCUAAAAUUUGAAGACGUAAAAGUGUCAAUAUCAGUGUCCAUAUUAAGUGUAUUAAGACCCAGGAUGUACAGGAGACGUUUUUUCUUUUAUUUCCACAAAAAAAUCCCCACAAAACCUUUGUUGCACUCUGAAUAAAUUCAACUAAGGCCAGUGGCGACCAUUUCUGUAACCUUGUGUGUAUAAAUAACAUAUUAAAAGAGAGAGAAAUGAAUCCA